AUGGAUAAGCCUCCUCCUCCUUAUUAUCAACCAAGUGCACCAUAUCCGGUUGCACCUCCCUAUUCAUAUCCGCCUAAUUCACAAAGCAAUCAACCACCAAAUAUCGGCUUUGUCGGAAGUGCUUAUCAGCCGGUAGCAGCUGCCACUUAUAAUGUGCCUCCAACAACAGUGGUUGUUCAGCCGACAGUAGCUGGAGCAGUCUUUCAUCGAUCUCCUGUUGGUACCACUUGUCCUUUCUGUCAUAAUUAUGGUAUGACGAGAGUUGAACUAGAAUCUGGAUGUUUACCGUGGUUACUCUGCGGAAUCAUGUGUUUCUUUGGAUUGUUUUGGGGUUGUUGUUUAA